ACCAUCAAUCCUACAACAGGCCAAGUUAUUACUUCCGUAGUAGAAGCAUCUGAAAAAGAUGUUGAUAUUGCCGUUGAAGCUGCUACAAGAGCUUUUAAUGAUGAAUGGAUUCAUGUGAAUGGAAAGGAACGUGGAAGAUUAUUAAAUAAACUUGCUGAUUUAAUUGAGCGUGAUGCCGAUGAAUUAGCUGCUCUUGAAGCUUUAGAUAAUGGUAAAGCUGUUACAAUAGCAAAGUCUGUAGAUCUUUCUAUGGCAAUUGAUGUUUAUAGAUACUUUGCUGGAUGGUGUGAUAAGAUCCAUGGCAAGGUUAUUGAAACCCAAAGUGAUAAAUUCUGUUACACUCGUCAUGAACCAAUUGGUGUAUGUGGUGCGAUUAUUCCUUGGAAUUUUCCAAUUGCUAUGCAAUCAUGGAAAUUAGCACCAGCUUUAGCAUGCGGUAAUACCAUAGUGCUUAAGUCAUCUGAAUUCACUCCUUUGACUGCCCUAAAAAUUGGUGCCUUAUUUAAAGAAGCUGGUUUUCCAAAAGGUGUUGUAAAUAUUCUAUCCGGUUUCGGUCCUACAGCUGGUGCUGCUAUUGCUAAUCAUAUGAAAAUCGAUAAAGUCGCUUUCACAGGAUCAACUAUUGUAGGAAGAUCUAUAUUAAAAGCAUCCGCUGAAAGUAAUUUGAAAAAAGUUUCUUUGGAAUUAG